AUGGCAGUCACGCAGAGCACCAUCGGCAAGGUGCUCUUCAACGUGGCGAAUACCAUAGUGCUACGGCUGGCACCACUGUGGAUACGAUUCCCGACCGAACCCGACGAGAUCCGCGAGGUCAUGCGGGUGUUCAAGACCAAAUGGAGAUUGCCCGGCGUGAUUGGCUGCAUCGACGGGUCGGCCAUUGGAAUCCUGGCACCAUCUGAGAGGAGCGGGCAGUACCAAAAGAGUGCUUUCUUCUGCCGCAAAAAGUACUUCGCUAUCAAUGCCAUGAUCCACAGUGAGCUGAAACGCGAGCUGUCCUGGAGGCACUCUGACGAACCCCACUUCCUCCUAGGUGACAGUGGCUAUCCAUUGCAACCGUGGCUGCUGACGCCGUUGCCUGGAGACCCCAACACACCGGAGGCCCGAUACAACAGACGCCACAAAGGGGUGCGCGGCGUAGUGGAUAAAUACAUCGGACUGCUGAAGUCAAGGUUUCGCAAGUGA